AUGGCUCAAGCUCAUCCUCAAACAAUGGAGAUGCCAGACCUUUCCAACGCCAUCGUUGCGCAAGAUGAAAUGGGUAGACCAUUUAUUAUCGUAAAAGAUCAAGGUAAUAAGAAGAGACAGCAUGGUAUCGAAGCUAAGAAAUCACAUAUUCUUGCAGCAAGAUCUGUUGCCUCUAUUAUUAAGAGUUCUCUAGGUCCUCGUGGUUUAGAUAAAAUUUUGAUUUCACCAGAUGGGGAUAUUACUAUUACCAAUGAUGGUGCCACAAUUCUCUCUCAAAUGGAACUUGAUAAUGAAAUUGCCAAGCUAUUGGUUCAAUUGUCAAAGUCUCAAGAUGAUGAAAUUGGGGAUGGUACUACCGGUGUUGUGGUGCUAGCUAGUGCAUUACUAGAUCAAGCUCUAGAAUUAAUUGAAAAGGGUAUCCACCCCAUUAAAGUAGCAAAUGGGUUCGAUGAAGCUGCUAAACUUGCAAUUUCAACACUAGAGGCAACUGCCACUGAUGUUGCUACUGAUAAAGUGCAAUUCCAAGAACAUCUAUUCAAAGCAGCAAGAACUUCUCUUGGCUCCAAGAUUGUUUCAAAGGAUCAUGAUAAAUUUGCACAAAUGGCAGUUGAUGCUGUCACAUCUGUAAUGGACUCUAAUAGAAAAGACGUUGAUUUUGAUCUAAUCAAACUACAAGGUAGAGUUGGUGGUUCCAUUGAUAACUCCUCUUUGAUUAAUGGUGUUAUUCUAGAUAAAGACUUCUCACAUCCACAAAUGCCAAGCGAGGUUCUUCCAAAAGAAGGGAAGACUGAUGUAAAAUUGGCAAUUUUAACUUGUCCAUUUGAACCACCUAAACCAAAGACUAAGCAUAAAUUGGAUAUCUCUUCCGUUGAAGAAUAUCAAAAAUUACAAACAUACGAACAAGAUAAAUUUAAAGAAAUGAUUAACUAUGUCAAGGAAGCUGGUGCAGAUGUUGUUAUAUGUCAAUGGGGUUUCGAUGAUGAAGCUAACCAUCUUUUAUUGCAAAAUGAUCUACCAGCUGUUAGAUGGGUUGGUGGUCAAGAACUAGAACAAAUUGCCAUUGCUACCAAUGGUCGUAUCGUUCCUCGUUUCCAAGACUUAUCAGCAGAUAAAUUGGGUUCAUGUUCAAAGAUACAUGAAAUGGUAUUUGGUACUACAAAGGACCGUAUGUUAGUCAUUGAACAAAACGAACAAGCCAUUAAAUCUAAAACUGUCACUUGUUUAAUUCGUGGUUCAAACAAAAUGAUUGUUGAUGAAGCCCAACGUGCACUACAUGAUUCACUAUGUGUUGUCCGUAAUCUAGUAAGAGAUUCUCGUGUAGUAUACGGUGGUGGUGCUGCAGAAGUCACAAUGUCAAGAGCAGUGUCGGAUGAGGCCGAUAGACAACGUGGUAUCGAUCAAUAUGCUUUCCGUGGUUUCGCGCAAGCAUUGGAUACAAUUCCUAUGACCUUAGCUGAAAACUCUGGUUUAGAUCCAAUUAAAACUUUAUCUUCCAUAAAGAGUAAACAAAUUAAAGAGAAUGUAUCAUAUUUCGGCGUAGACUGUUUAGGAAAUGACACCAAUAACAUGAUGGACUUAUUUGUGGUCGACCCAUUCAUUGGUAAGAAACAACAAAUCUUACUUGCAACUCAAUUGUGUAGAAUGAUUCUAAAGAUCGACAACGUUAUCAUAAGUGGUAAAGACGAAUAUUAA